GUUACAAAAAACAGGAACGCUGCUUGAUAAAAUUGAUUCAAUCCAGCACGGGACUUUCACAGCUUCGGGUGUGAAAGAGAGAAAGAGCUUCAUUUUGCGGCGCUGCGGUGAUAGGAGCAGCUAGCUUUCUCUUAAUUUUUUUCCUGACUUCACACUCAACUGCUUUAUGGCAUCCCAAAAGAAGCUGCAAGGUCUUGUGGCAGCCACCAUCACUCCAAUGACUCAAAACGGAGAAAUCAACUUGUCUGUGAUUGGCCAAUAUGUGGACUAUCUGACAAAUGAGCAAGGCGUGAAGAAUGUAUUUGUGAAUGGGACUACAGGAGAAGGGCUGUCCCUAAGCGUUCCAGAGAGGAAACUGCUGGCAGAGGAAUGGGUGACCAAGGGAAAGGAUAAGCUGGAUCAUGUCAUCAUUCACGUGGGGGCACUGAGUCUACCAGAAGCAAAAGAUUUGGCAAAGCAUGCUGCCGAAAUAGGAGCAGACGGUAUUGCUAUCAUUGCCCCAUCCUUCUUCAAACAGGUGAACAAAGAUGGUCUUGUUGCCUUCUUGCGUAAUGUUGCAUCUGAAGCUCCGGGCACCCCAUUUUAUUAUUACCAUAUUCCUGCCCUGACUGGAAUAAAAAUUUGUGUUGAAGAGCUACUGGAUGGUAUGAAAGAGCAGAUUCCCACCUUUCAGGGGGUGAAGUUCAGUGGCACAGAUCUCCUUGACUUUGGACGGUGUGUCAAGAAAAAUGAUCAAGGCCAAUUGAUGCUCCUGUAUGGUGUGGAUGAGCAACUCUUGAGCGCUCUGAUCAUGGGAGCAGACGGGGCAGUUGGCAGCACAUAUAAUUUCCUGGGCAGGGCAAGUAACUUAGUGCUGGAAGCUUUCAGCAACGGAGAUAACUUCUUAGCACAAAAAUAUCAGUUCUCUAUUCAGGAAUUCCUUGGCUUUGUAAUUGCACAAGGCUUCGGUGUUGCACAGAUCAAAGCAGUUAUGACUUUGGUUUCUGGGUUACCAAUGGGUCCCCCACGGCUUCCCCUGUCAAGUGCCUCUGAGGAAUUUAUUGCCAAAGUGAAAGCCAGACUGGAAAGUGUGAAGAACUGCCCGCACAGUUAACAACAAUGUGGUCUAGAAGUGCUGUCUGUGAGACUGGGUCAUCCUGUACAGUUGGAAAUAUCAUCUGAGAUGACUGAAUAACUUUCAUGAAGGGAUCUGUUUCUGUUCUGGUUGACUACAGGAAAAAAAACCCUAUAGCAGCGAUUUUGUUGCCCAUCCGGGCUGAGACAUUUCUCUGACAAAGAAACUGGCUUCUCUGGAAACUAGAAGACUAAACUGAAAUCCUAGAAUUCUUCCACAACUUGGAAAGGAGUGUGUGCGCAAUGCAUAUUAAAUUGACACAUUUUUAUGGAUUUCCUGCCAUUUUAUUUGAAGAUGGUGGGUAAUAUGAAUGUAAUUAGACUUGAUAGGUCUUAAUCUUGCUUUGUAUUUACAAAGCCCAUUCAUUUUAAUAAUAAAAAUGGACAUAAGCUAGACUUGUGUCAGAAUUUGCAA